CGCGGGGCGGGGCGCGGGCGGCACGGACUCGGAGACGGACAUGGGGAACGCAACAUGGCUGUGGUGGUCAGUGGAGUGAACCGGUGAGGAGUGCCAGCCCGGCCACCAGUAACCGCCGAGAAGUGGAGAGCUGGAGAGGAGAGGGACUCGUGGCCUCUCCUCCUGGCCUCAUCCACCACUCCAUCUCCCUUCCACUUGCAGGCAUUGCCUGUUCUGUUCUCCACUCCAGUUCUUGUCUCCGCAGCUCGAGAACGGAGUGGAGGAGCAGCCGUGGAGGGAGAUAGGGACCGGAACCGGACGGACAGGGGAAGAAGGGGACGGAGAGUCCCCUCUCCAAUUCACAACUCUGCCACGGCCGGAGCCGGAGCCGGAGCCGGCGGAGGAGGAGGAAGGCGCCAUCCACUACAGGCAAGCGAAGCGAAUGCCGCCGUUCUAGACUCGCAGAUCUGCUCCGCCGCGCUCUGUUCACCGGGAAUUUUGGAGGCUGAGAGCAAAGAUUGUAGCAGAAGCUGCCGAGCAUGGCCGAGGCGGAGAAGCGCCGUGCCGGGUAGGGCUAUCUGAUCUCGUAGGCCUUGCACGCGGACCGGCCUGAGCGCUUCCCGUUCGUUCCGCCCCGGCUAGCCGACCGACCGAGUGGUUUUGGUUUCUUGGGUUGGGACUCCGACAUCGCAAUGGCGUCGUGGGACAACCUCGGGGAGCUCUCCAACAUCGCGCAGCUCACGGGUCUGGACGCCGUGAAGCUCAUCUCCCUCAUCGUCAGGGCGGCGUCCACGGCGCGCCUGCACAAGCGCAACUGCCGCCGCUUCGCGCAGCACCUCAAGCUCAUCGGCGGCCUGCUGGAGCAGCUCCGGGUGUCGGAGCUCAGGAAGUACCCGGAGACGCGGGAGCCGCUGGAGCAGCUCGAGGACGCGCUCCGCCGGGGAUACCUCCUCGUCAACUCCUGCCAGGACCGAUCCUACCUCUACCUCCUCGCCAUGGGCUGGAACAUCGUCUACCAGUUCCGCAAGGCGCAGAGCGAGAUCGACAAUUACCUACGCCUCGUCCCGCUCAUCACGCUCGUCGACAAUGCCCGCAUUCGGGAUCGGCUUGAGUAUAUUGAGAGGGACCAAUGUGAAUAUUCUUUUGACGAGGAAGACAAGAAAGUGCAAGAUGCUCUGUUAAAUCCUGACCCUUGCACGAAUCCUACAAUAGUGCUCAAGAAGACUCUGUCAUGUUCCUAUCCAAACUUGCCUUUCAAUGAGGCCCUCCGAAAGGAAAGUGAGAAGCUUCAGGUUGAGCUUCAAAGAUCACAAAGCAACAUGGAUCUGGGUUCGUGUGAGGUUAUUCAGCACCUGAUUGGAGUAACCAAAACUGUGGAAUCUACAAUUCCAGAGGAAGAAACAAAUGCUAAAGCUUCAGAAAAGAAGGGUUCAAACUACAGUGAAUCCAAAGGAGAUAAUGCAAAAUCGUUUGAUGAUGACGACGACUAUCCUAAGAAGCAAAAGGAUACCUGCAGCACGCAACGAUUUUCUUCACAAGUUCCAUAUGGCCAUGAUCUUGUCUCAAGUAGAGGAUCGUACAGCGAUGAGUGGCAUGCAGAUUUACUUGGCUGCUGUUCAGAACCAGCUUUGUGUUUCAAGACCUUGUUCUUCCCCUGUGGAACCUUCUCGAGAAUUGCUUCAGUCGCCAAGGACAGGCCAAUGUCUUCUGGAGAAGCUUGCAAUGAUAUUAUGGCAUACUCCCUAAUAUUGUCCUGCUGCUGUUAUACAUGCUGUGUAAGGAGAAAGCUUCGCCAAAAGUUGGACAUUGCGGGAGGCUGCUGUGACGACUUUCUUUCACAUCUGCUGUGUUGUUGCUGUGCACUUGUUCAAGAAUGGCGGGAAGUUGAGAUUCGUGGGGCAUAUACCGAAAAGACGAAGGUUACCCCACCGCCAUGUCAAUAUAUGGAGCAUUGAACAGCUAUAUGCCCGUAUGGGUAGACCUGAACUUCUGUAAAGAUAUUAACAGAAUAUCUGAUGUCGUACUGCCAGAGUAGUCAUACUACACUAUUUCUGUGUAGUAUUUAUGCUUACUGUCUAUUGUUCGUCCUGGUACUUCCAUGUAUAUGUUGGGACAUAGCAGCAUAGUAUGUACUUUGUAAACACAUCAGUUACAGGCCGGUAGAGCCUAACAUCGGUUAACACCGUCAGUUCUUGGCAAGAAAGUUCUUUGUGCGUGUGCCUUUC